GGGCCGCAGCGUCAAGUCCCGCCCAACGGUCGCGCGCUUCCUUUUCCGACCAAAGGCGGGGCAGCGACGCCGGCAGGAAAGCCGGGCCAGCGGUGUUAGCUAGAUACAACCGCGGGACAUGGCAGGCUCAGGGAGCCUUGUCCUGCGUCCCUGGAUUCGAGAACUGAUUCUCGGGUUAGACGCACUAUCAAAUCCACGGCCCGGGCAGCUACUCGAGGUCCUGCAGGAGGCCGAGGCCCCGGGCCAGUCCGGCACUCGUGAUGCGUCUGACGUCGGGGCAAUGCUGCUUGUGUCUGAUGGCACCCACAGUAUCCGAUGCUUGGUGACGCAGGAGGCCCUGGACAGUUCGGACUGGGAGGAGAAGGAAUUCGGCUUCUGUGGGACAGAAGGCCGACUGCUGCUGCUGCGGGACUGCGGGGUGCGCAUCCAGGUCGCUGAAGGCGGCGCGCCCGCAGAGUUCUACCUCCAGGUGGACCGUUUCAGUCUGCUGCCCACAGAACAGCCCCGAGUACGGGUGUCUGGUUGCAACCAGGACUCGGAUGUUCAGAGAAAGCUCUAUGACUGCCUUGAGGAGCACCUUUCAGAGUCCACCUCUCCCAAUGCAGGCCUAUCACUAUCCCAGCUUCUGGAUGAGGUGCGGGAGGAUCAGGAGCAUCAGGCAGCACUAAUGCACCUGGCUGAGAGCUGUCUGCAGCUGGCAGGCCCUUUUACAGCAGCCCCUCUCACCCGCUGGGCUGCCUUACGCUGUGGGGCCAUGGGGGAAGCUGUUUACACUGUUCCCAGCUUACUACUGCACAUAUCUGAGAAUGACCAGCUAAUUCUGAGUUCUCUGGCCCCUGGUCAGAGGACACAUGGCCCUGAGCUGCCCCCACCGGCACCAGCUCUGCAGGACCUAUCUCUGACCUUGAUCUCUCCUUCUUCCUCACCCAAUUCCUCAGGAACCCCUGCCUUAUCCAGCCACAUGCCAACAGAGGAAAGUGGUACCAGCAUCAGUCUUCUGUCUUCCCUAUCCACGGCUGUUCCAGACCCUGGACAGAAAGGCAGCUUCCAGCCCUUACCAGCCGUCUGCCCAGCCCAAGGCCCCCAGCCCCCCAGCCCCUCACACCCCAGCAGUUCAUGCAGCUCCUCAUUCCAGAGCUGCACCCCCAGUCUCUUGCCCCUUGGCCGUGUCCCCAGUUCACACCCGGCUCAUAUAACCAGGGCCAAGAAACCUACAUUGGAGUUCAAGGAGCUGGGGUUGCCCCUCAAGAACAGGCAGCCUUCUCCAAGGACUACUGUCCCCAAAGAUGUCCAGGACCUUUGCCCUGUCUGGGACCCCCCAAAGAGGCAUCGUGAUGGUUCUGCCUUCCAGUAUGAGUAUGGGCCACCCUGCACCUCCCUGUGUACCCAGGUCCAAGCUGCCAGGCUUUCUCCCCAGCUCAUAGCCUGGGCCUUGCACUUGCUGAUGGAGCCACAGCCAGUAUCUGAGCUGACUCAGGUGUGAGGGUCAUGCGGGCACACUGGAGGAUGUGCACACACAGAUCCAUGCCUGAGAGUGGACAAAUAGUGCUGCACACUCUGCUUCCUUUGAGUUUUUUAAUAAAAUAAUCUCAUGCGGCAGGAGAAGA